CUCAAGCCCAGCUUUCAUCAUUAGCAUUGACACUGCAAAAAAACUUAAACCACCUCAGCUUUGAUUCAUCUUUCCUAAAGCUACGGUUACAACAACUACAGGAUGCAGCAAAUACCAAUAUGUCUAUUCUUUCACAGCUUCCGGUCUUCCCAACUAUACAAACCUAUACACAAACCUGCCAAAUGAUACUGGCACUACCUGCACUUGAAUUGCAAACUUCAUGCUAUAGAGACAAUUGGCCUCUCCCAAAAGAAUUCAUUGGCACUCCAAUAAACCAGAUCCUUCUGGACCACCCUAAGGCUUCUUACUUCAAAGAGAAACUAAACAACCACAAAGUCUUUAGUGUCGAACAAUUUCUAAAUACAACCAACACUGAACUCCUAGAGUGGAAUAACUUUCAUCACAAUAUCAAGAAAAUACCUAGAGGCCGAUGCUCACGUUGGUUUCAUACAAUUCAAGACCUAAUAGCAGGCAAAAACCCUGACACUAAUAAUGACAAGUACUUGUCAAACGAUAGGGAACAACCAGCACAUAGUAGCAAAGUGUCAUCUUCAAUACAACUAUACUCCAUUUGGAUGCUAUACCAACUCUUGGCCUUCACACAUAAACAACAAUAUGCAUAUCUACUCUUAAUACUAAGAACACUAACUUAUGAUCAGGAAAUUACAGCCACCUUUGAUAAAGGCACAAAAUUUCAGAAAAUCACAAACACCAUCUUCUCACUAGACUCUGCACCACAGCAGUUUUUACACAACUAUUUCGUUCCAAGACUAUUUAACAAUCCUUGUAUCUACCUAUUAAAAAAUAUACUUAAACAAGUGCACCAAAUUAAUAAUCGACUCGUAUGGUUUAACCAACAACGAAUCACAACCUGGCAUACAUCACAAGAAAACAUCAAUUGGACGCAGACAUUACAAUAUAUCACCUAUGGUGAAAGACCACUAGCUCUAAAUACAGAUUCUUCUUCCUCAGCAAUAAAAAAUUUCAAGGUCAAACUGAUCUCGGAAGAACUGCCUGUCUACCUCCUGCUCCAUUAG